AUGCACAGCUUGGCACCUCCACGCUCGUUCCCCAAAAGAGCGCCUUGCAGGCGGAGGACGACAGGGAAGCUGCCACACUUGCCACAGCCCCGAGAUCUGAGCGUGCCCCCACGCUGGCAAGUUGUGGCUCACAGCCACACAAGGCAGGAUGUGUUUGCACCAAGUGCUUGCGUCGGCGCUGGGGCUUCAAACAAGCUGCUGGUGCCGCCGGUGGAGGGUACGUUGGGUUUGCGUGAAGCAGCGCACCACAGGCGGGACAUUCUCUGGGACUUGGAUCCUUCAGCCCACAACGAUCUUGGAGCUUAUACUUGGUCCCUCGAGUUUAUCACCUGUCAGGAUGAGAAGAUUCAGUCACCCUAUGCGCUGGCAUACUUCGGGGCGGAUGCCCAAGAGGACACCAAUGAGGAAGAGGAAUUCGUGGACUACGGGCAGUUCACGCUGCCAGAGGACACGAUUUUUGAUGAGGAUGAGUUCAUCCGGCCCUCAAAGGCCAGACAACGGACUUGCAAGGAGUACAUCGUCGAUAAUUCGGACCUGCAGGCAGAUGCACCAGGCGUGGCUUUCCGCUUCAGCUGCCGGCUGGAGGAUAGGGAUGAUGUGCGGCCGGUCGCACAGUGGGGAACCAUUGUCACUGGAGAGGACAAGGGCGAUGGCUGGAUUCAGGUUGGUGAGCGGUUUCUUCCGAUCGAAGUGGGUGGGAAGAAGGUCUUGCUCGAGCGGGCCCCCUCAAAGUUCCGGGCGGAUGAUCGUCAGGAUGAUAUAGCCGAGUUCGACGAGGCUUGGGCAUCAGACAUGGAUGUUUCCCUCAAAGCUCGCAUGGAAGCAAGGCGGCGACAGCGCCUGCAGCAAGCAGAGCAGCGUCGCGCACAAGAUAAGGAGCAUGGAGAGCAUGAGCAGCGAAGCCGGGAACUCCUCCGCAAGCACAAGAUGCUCAUGCACGAGCUGGAUACCUGGGACCAGGUCCUUGGCUUGCCAAGAAGCACCUCUCCAGAGGAGAUCGAACGAGCAUACAAGGCAUUGUGCGCCAGGUACCAUCCGGACAAGGCUCCACAAGCAGAUCGGGCAGCGCGAGCUGCUUUGGAGCGGUCGAUGGCAAGAAUAAAUGAAGCGUUCAGUGUGCUGUCGAACCCAAAGCAGCGCUGGAAUUAUGACCGGUCACUACCAACCCCAGAGGAGAAGGCUGAAGCUACGGAACACCUCCGCUCAGUGGUUCAACCUGGUCGAGAGCUUGCGGAUAGCGGCGCAGAUGCUGACUUCGAUUUCUCCGGUGAUGGCAGGCCAUUCCGCUUUUGUCGGGGGAAGGCUGCGCGAGUGGCGCAGCUCUGUGGCAGCAGAGAGAAGGUGCGCAUUGCGAUGAACCAGCUGGUGGGCAGAGCGCCCAUGAAGCUGGCUGACUGCAGUGGUGUCAUCCGGCACGUGGGGCCGAUGACCCCCUUUGGCGGCUUAGGUGAGUGUGGCCAUGCCAACUGCAUGGCCCAUCGUUUGCGAAAUCCAGAGAUUCGCGCUGGCUUCCGAGACUUCGUGGUCACCAGCGUGCGUGAUGCAGUUCGAACCAGGACAGAGUGGUGGGGCUCCGGAGGCCUGCGGUAUACAUCCUUGGGCAGCGGUGAACUCCUCUUUGACCUGGAGCUCCUGGAAAGACUUCGGGAGGAGGCAGGCGUGCAGAUUGCGCAGAUCUGCUUGAUUGAUAACGGAUAUCGACAGCCCAGCCUGGCGACGCGACGUGCUCUUCGCGAGUUCGCAGACUGGCAGCGCGCAAGUGCACAGAUGAGACGAGCACAGCCCUGCGAAAUUCUCGUGUUCGGACACUUAGCUGAUUAUUCCGAGGCAUCAGCCAAGGGUGGCCGUGCUGCAAACUGCCAUGUCUUCGUACAGUGCGACACGCACUGGAACGGCUGCGCAGGCGACUGCAGUCGGCUGGCAAGCCGUGCCCUUUGCAAGGAUGGCGUGUUGGCACGACUGGCAGAAAGCACAGAUGCAUUGCACGCAGAGAUGCCGAAGGGCGUCCUAGUGAGCCCCUUUCAGGGAGACCUAGAGACUCCGCAGGCCUGA